UGCUAUGGUAGCGAGGCUCCAACAAGCUGCCCGGGCUGGAGUGAAGUGACAGGUCCCCUCAUAGUGUGACAGCGGGAAAAAUGCCGGCCGUGGGUGGCGGAGACAGGAGGAAAGUCUUCAUCCUCACCACUGCUUACAACUACUUCGGGGUCUCCUCGCCCGAGCUGCUCCCCGAGUGCAGGGAGCUGGACCGGUUCCUGGACGAUGGCAACGAGUUCAUCCUGUGUGCCCGGGGCUCCGGGGCCAGCUUCAUCUUCACCAACAAGGUGGACGCUGGAGACACAAAAGAUAAAGUGCUUGUGUUCUUUAAAAUUCGGCCUGAUGUGAUUACUGAGGACAAUCUUCAUGAAAACAUUCUAGUAUCCUCCAUGCUCGAUUCACCGAUUAACACACUUUACCAAGCAGUAAGGCAAAUCUUUGCUCCUAUGCUAUUAAAGGAUGAGAAAUGGAGUAAAGACUUUGAUCCAAAGCUGCAGACCUUGCUUAGUGAGUUAGAAGCAGGUCUCGGCAGCAUAUUGAGAAGAACUGUUACCAGUCACGAGAGCCCAAAAUUUGGAGGAGAAGAUGAUUUACAAGGUAUAUUGACACCAAAUGAUGAGUUCCAGUUUUGGGCAGAGACUGCAGGAGGUAGAAAUAAAUCGAGUAUCAAAGAACGAGCAAGUCAUUUUAGUAGUCUGUUUCAACCAAUUGCAAAGUAUUUCUGUAGCUUGGACAAUAUUUCCUUGUUGGAGGUUGUGGAGCUUGUAGAAAGCACUCAAGAGUCUCUGGAUGAUGUAUGGAGGCAAACGGAUCAUGACCCCUACCCUGAAAAACGUAUGAAGCAUUUAUUUGAGAUCACAGGAAAUGCACUUGGUAGGUGUGUUCAGAAGAGCCUUGGAAUUCAUGAUCUUUGGAAGGAUCCAUUUCUUACGAUUAAAGAGAAACUGAGAGCUGGAAUCAUGAUUUGUGAACAAUGGACAGCGGUUUGUGAGAAUUUCACUGGGCAGCUUUGGCGCCGUUAUGCCCCGCACCCUUGGAAAGAUGAGCCCUAUAGCCCUGAUUAUCUUGCUAAGCUUGGCAAGCGCCUGGAAGAGAUAUACAAUAUAAGAAUGGUUCAAGAAAAACUAGACUAUUUUUUGCCCAAUAAUGAAGACCAAGUACGCAAUGUUAAACUGUUUGAACCUUUCACUGGUUUGAAUCCUGUUCAUUAUAACCCGUAUACUGAGCCCUUGUGGAGAGCAGCUGUUUCACAGUAUGAAAGAAUCAUUGAACCAGCAGAACAAAAAAUAGCCAGCAAAUUGAAGACUUAUUUUUCAGAAAUGCAAGAUAGUCCACAACAACUUCUUCAAGCUUUUCAAAAGCAUCAAGAUCUGGUAAAACGAGCAAGCAUAAAGAAACAACUUUUCCUGGAAAGGGAAAUUCUGCUGGCAAGGCUGGUGGACUGCAUCAACGGUUGCAAUGUGGACUUUGAAAGCCGUUGCCAUGGUUCUCCAGGGGAUUCCUCUGGGCCCCUCACAGGCAGGAAUCUUCCUGAAGUCGUAAAUAACAUUGUGUGGGUUCGCCAACUACACCUAAAGGUGGAGGAUGCAAUGAAGAUAGGAGAAGCCCUUCUUUCAGACUUAUCCGAGUUUCUGUCUUUCCAUCAACGCGCUGAAGACCUUCUAGAACAGUUCAAAGUGUAUGAGCAGGAACAGUUUGGUGAAUGGGCAAGAGAAGUCCAGUCAAGUCUGUCUGAUCCGAAAUCAGGAUUAUGCCUACAGCCUAAAAGUCUUGCUGUAGAAUUUGACAGCUCCAGUGGGGCUCUGAAAAUACACUAUUCCGAUCGUCUGGUUGUUCUACUGCGAGAAGUCAGACAACUGUCUGCACUUGGGUUAGUUGUUCCUGCUAAGAUCCAACAGCUUGCAAAAACUGCACAUCAGUUCUACAAGCAAGCAGUCAUCCUUAAACAGGUUGCACAUUUCUACAAUACGAUUGAUCAGCAAAUGAUUCCAAGUCAGCGCCCAAUGAUGUUAAAGUCGGCACUGGCAUUUGAACAGAUCAUUAAGAAUUACAGAACUAGCACUGAUGAAACUGGGCAGAAAAUUAGCAUUACAUGGGACAAUCCUAAGGAUCUUCAAGACUAUAUUGAAAAGCUCCAACAUUCAGCUGAGCAACUGUCCACUGAGAACCGGAAGCUUCGAAAGAAACACACUGAUUUCUGUGAAAAGGUUGUUGCUCUUAUGAAUAUUGACUUACUUCGACAACAGCAGAGAUGGAAGGAUGGCCUUCAGGAGAUGCGAAGUGUGUUCUUCAACCUUGAAUACCAGGGAUUCCGUUCUAGUGAUAUGAAGGCAUGGCGACAGCACUGGAAUCAUCAGAUCUACAAAGCUUUAGAACAUCAAUAUCAAAUGGGCUUGGAAGCACUUAAUGAAAAUCUACCAGAAUUCAACAUCGAUUUAACAUUUAAACAGGGGAGAUUGCAGUUUAAACCUCCUUUCGAAGAAAUCCGUGCCAAGUAUUAUCGAGACAUGAAGAGGUUCAUUUCUAUUCCAAACCAGUUUAAGGGCCUGAGCGAGCCUGGCGAAGAACCAAUCUAUUCUUUUAUGUCUGAGAGGAAUGCAAAUGGCUUCAUCACGGUUUUCAGUAAAGCAGAGGAUUUGUUCCGAAGGUUAUCUGCCACCAUGGAUCAAUUUAAGGAUUGGAUUGUGAUUGGUCAAGUUGAUAUUGACUCCUUGAUGGAAAAACACUUAUGUAAUGUUAAUGAUUGGGAGAAGAACUUCAAAGCAUUGAAAGUGAGAGGAAAAGAGGCAGAACGUCUUCCAAGCACUAUUAAGGUUGAUUGCAUGACCAUUAAUUGCAAUCCCGUGAAGACAAUGAUUGAUGAUCUCAUUCAGAAGCUAUUUGAUUCCCUUCUCGUCUCACUGAGGAAAUCAAUCCAAGUUAAUUUGCAUGAAAUUGACACAUUUGUGACCGAGGGAAUGGAGACAUUGUCCAGCCGCCCACAGAGUGUUGAAGAAAUUGGAGAAGCCAAUAAUAAACAUGGCGACUUAAAAAUCAGGAAACCAGAGAUAUUGCCUUUAUUUAAAGAAGCAGAAGAGAAAAACCGGCUACUACGCUCUGUUGCAGGAGGCGGGUUAGAUACCAUUAGCAAUCUUCGAGCAAAGUGGGAUAAAUUUGAAUUAAUGAUGGAAAGUCAUCAGCUAAUCAUCAAAGAGCAGAUUGAAAUAAUGAAGGACAAUGUGAAAUCCAGGGUACAGAUAUACACACAGGAACUAGAAAAAUUCAAAGCCCGCUGGGACCAGUUUAAACCAAAUGAGGACAUUAUUGAAACAGGUCAGGAAGAUAUUUUGGAGAAGAGUGCUCUGUCGAUCAAAGAAAAGAAAUUAGAGUUUGAUGAGCUUGAAGUAACAAAGACGAAGUUGCUUGAAGACUGUCUGCAUUUUGACCUGGAAGCUCCUGAUUUCUCACUAGCAGAUGAAGUCCGUAAAGAUAUUGAGGGCUGUUCAAAUACAUGGUCCUUGUAUGAGGAGUUUCAUAAAGGAUUGAAUGAGAGAGCAAAGGAAGACUGGAUCUCUUUCAGGACUAAGUAUUAUGGUUUUGAAGAAUAUUUAUUAACCUGGCACGAGAAAUUACGGAAAAUGGAAGAACAUACUACAAUGACUGUUAAGUUACAGAAAGAUAUUGACAGAUAUAAGAAUGUUAUUCCUGUCCUGAAGUAUGUACGUGGAGAACACCUAUCUCAGGAUCACUGGUUAGAUCUCUUCAGGCUGCUUGGCCUUCCAAAAGGAACAACUUUAGAGAAGCUUUUAUUUGGAGAUCUACUGAAAGUGGCUGAUGUUAUUGUAUCUAAAGCUUCGGAACUCAAAGACCUAAACAGUCGGGCUCAGGGUGAAGUUACAAUCCGAGAGGCUCUACGGGAGCUUGAUCUUUGGGGAGCUGCUGCUGUCUUUACGUUAACCGAUUAUGAGGAUAGCCAGGGACGUACAAUAAAGCUCAUCAAGGAUUGGAAAGACAUAGUGAAUCAAGUUGGAGAUAACCGUUGCCUUCUUCAGUCUCUAAAGGAUUCACCUUAUUACAAAGGAUUCGAGGAUAAAGUGUCUAUUUGGCAGAAGAAGCUUGCGGAGUUGGACGAAUACCUGCAAAACUUAAACCAGAUACAGAGAAAAUGGGUAUAUCUGGAGCCCAUCUUUGGUCGUGGCGCUCUUCCAAGAGAACAAGCUCGCUUUAAUAGGGUCGACGAAGACUUUCGCUCAAUAAUGUCCGAUAUCAAGAAGGAUGAUAGAGUAACAUUACUAACGUCAAGGGCUGGAAUAAGAAAUUCUUUGAUCACCAUACUUGAUCAACUUCAGAGGUGCCAGAAAUCCUUGAAUGAAUUUUUAGAGGAGAAACGAUCAGCUUUUCCACGAUUUUAUUUCAUUGGAGAUGAUGAUCUCUUAGAGAUACUGGGACAGUCCACUAACCCUGCAGUAAUCCAGUCUCACCUGAAAAAACUUUUUGCUGGAGUGAAUAGUGUGGUGUUUGACAAAGACUUCAAGAAUAUAACCGCCAUGAAAUCACUGGAAGGAGAGGUGGUCCCUUUAAAAACCAUGGUCCUGGUUUCUAGUGAUGUUGAGGUCUGGUUAAGCAAUUUAGCCACACAGAUGAAGGCGACACUGCAGAUGUUACUAGUGGAGUGUGUCAAUGCUGGGAAGCAAUCUCAUGGCAACAUUGACCCAAUGCGCUUUCCUUCCCAAAUUCUGUGUCUGGCUGAACAAAUUCAGUUCACUGAAGAUGUUGAGAAUGCAAUACGUCACGGUAGUCUACAUGAAGUUGAGCUAGACCUUACUGCUAAGCUAGAACACUACACCAGCAUUGAUGACACAACAGGGGCAGAUGCUGGAAUCCUUGAAUUAAAGUUAAAAGCUCUGAUUCUUGAUAUUAUUCACAAUAUUGAUGUGGUGAAGACAUUAAACGAAGCUCAGGUUCGUAGCACUGAAGACUGGGUCUGGAAAAAGCAAGUCCGGUUUUACAUGAAGCCAGAUAAAAAGUGCUAUGUGCAGAUGGUCGAUGCAGAAAUGCAGUACACGUAUGAAUAUCAGGGUAAUGCUCCAAAGUUGGUUUACACGCCACUGACAGACAAAUGCUACCUCACUCUAACUCAGGCCAUAAAGAUGGGCCUCGGUGGAAAUCCUUAUGGUCCAGCGGGGACUGGUAAAACGGAAUCUGUGAAAGCUUUGGGUGGACUUCUUGGAAGACAAGUAUUGGUUUUCAAUUGUGACGAGGGCAUUGAUGUGAAAUCAAUGGGCAGAAUAUUUGUUGGCUUGGUGAAGUGUGGUGCCUGGGGUUGCUUUGAUGAAUUCAAUAGGCUGGAAGAAGCUGUGCUUUCUGCUGUCUCUAUGCAAAUACAGACAAUACAGGAUGCUUUGAAGAAUCAGAAACCUUCCUGUGAUUUGUUGGGGAAAGAGGUGGAACUGGAUCCUAAUUCUGGAAUUUUUAUAACCAUGAACCCUGCUGGAAAAGGAUACGGAGGCCGCCAGAAGCUCCCAGAUAACCUGAAACAACUUUUCCGCCCUGUAGCCAUGUCCCGUCCUGACAAUGAACUAAUUGCUGAAGUAAUCCUUUAUUCUGAGGGGUUUAAAGAGGCCAAGGCAAUUGGCAGAAAGCUAGUGGCAAUAUUUAAUCUAGCCAGAGAGCUCCUGACUCCCCAGCAACAUUACGACUGGGGCUUGCGAGCACUAAAAACGGUUUUAAAAGGAUGUGGGAAUCUUCUUCACAUACAAAAGAAAAAUGGAAUAAACAAAAAAAUCAAUGAAAGCCACAUUGUGGUGCAAGCCUUGCGGUUGAACACCAUGUCAAAGCUUACAUUUGCGGACUGUUCCCGGUGUGAUGCACUCAUCAAAGAUAUCUUUCCUGGAAUUGAUUUUGAGGAUGUGCAGUACCUGGAGUUAAAUUCUGCACUGCAGCAAGUUUUUGAGGAAGCAAAUUUAGAAAUCAUUCCUAGCCAGAUUAAAAAAGCCUUGGAGUUGUAUGAACAAUUGCGUCAGAGAAUGGGUGUAGUUAUUGUUGGUCCUAGUGGUGCUGGCAAGUCAACAUUAUGGCGCAUGCUACGAGCAGCACUUGGAAAGAUUGGAAAAGUGGUCAAACAAUAUACUAUGAAUCCAAAAGCCAUGCCCAGGCACCAGCUACUUGGUCACAUAGACAUGGACACAAGAGAGUGGUCAGAUGGUGUUCUCACAAACAGUGCUCGUCAAGUAGUAAGGGAACCUCAAGACAUAAACUCUUGGAUUAUCUGUGAUGGUGAUAUUGACCCAGAAUGGAUUGAAUCUUUAAAUUCUGUUCUUGAUGACAAUCGUCUUCUUACAAUGCCCAGCGGAGAAAGAAUUCAGUUUGGCCCCAAUGUAAACUUCGUGUUUGAAACCCAUGAUUUAAGCAGUGCGUCUCCUGCAACCAUAUCAAGAAUGGGAAUGAUUUUCUUAAGUGAUGAAAACACAGAUCUUAACUCUCUGAUUCGAUCAUGGCUUCGCGGACAGCCUGAGAACCUAAGAAACAAUUUGGAAAAUUGGAUUGGAGACUAUUUCGAAAAGGGUUUAAACUGGGUUCUCAUACAGAAUGACUUUGUGGUUGAAACCAGUCUCAUUGGAACAGUUAUGAAUGGAUUGUCCCACCUUCACGGUUGCACUGAUCGCAGCCAGUUCAUUAUUAGUCUUAUUCGUGGACUUGGAGGAAAUCUCAGUACAAAGUCAAGGACUGCAUUUGCUAAAGAGGUUUUCAGCUGGGCCCGGGAAUCUCCACCUGACCCCCGCAAGCCUUUGGAAACAUAUUAUAACUUAAAGUCAGGGCGUUUGGAAUCCUAUGUCUUUGAAAAACCGGAUAAUUUAACUAUUGAAGAUUUUAGUAAUCCUCAAGCACUCCCGGUAAUCAGAACCCCUGAUAUCCAAAGAGGACUGGAUUAUUUCAAACCAUGGCUGGGGUCUGAUACAAAACAACCAUUCAUAUUAGUUGGACCAGAAGGCUGUGGGAAAGGAAUGCUCCUACGCUAUGCAUUUUCUCAGCUACGUUCUACCCACAUCGCUACAGUUCAUUGUAGUGCCCAAACAUCUUCUCGUCAUGUCUUACAAAAACUCACCCAGACUUGCAUGGUAUUUAACACCAACACUGGACGGGUGUACAGACCCAAAGAUUGCGAGAGGCUGGUUCUCUAUUUAAAAGAUAUCAACCUUCCCAAACCUGACAAAUGGGGAACAAGCAACUUAGUGGCAUUUUUGCAACAGGUUUUAACUUACCAUGGCUUCUAUGAUGACAAUCUUGAAUGGGUUGGACUUGAAAAUAUUCAGAUUGUGGCCUCGAUGUCUGCCGGGGGCACAAUAGGAAGGCAUAAACUGACAACACGUUUCACGUCAGUGGUUCGUAUAUGUGUGGUUGAUUAUCCUGAAAGAGAGCAAUUGCAAACAAUUUGCAGUUCGUAUCUGGAGCCUGUUAUGCACAAGAAUCUAAAAGGUCACUCAACAUGGAGCUCGUUGGCAAAGAUCCACCAGUUAGCAGGAUCCAUGGUUCAAGUUUAUGAACAGGUUCGUUCCAAAUUUUCUGUUGAUAAUUAUAGUCAUUACUUGUUCACGCCCUGCAUCCUUACCCAGUGGGUCCUUGGGCUGUUUCGAUAUGAUUUAUCUGGAGGAUCUUCAAAACAGAAUCAAGACUACGUGCUGGAAAUUGUUGCAUAUGAGGCACGCCGUUUGUUCCGUGACAGACUUGUAACCAUUAAGGAGUUAAAUAUUUUUGACAAUAUUUUAUUGUCUGUUCUGCAAGGAGACUGGGGAUCUGAUGUUUUGGAUAACAUGACAGAUUCAUUUUAUGUUACCUGGGGAGCUCUACAUGAAGCAGGUGCGGUUUUUGCUCCCGGACAAUCAUUGCCACCUCAUGGACGGCCAGUUGGGAGGCUGAACUCUUUAGAUUUAAAGGAUGUCAUUAAAAAGGGUGUCAUUCAGUACAGUCGUGAUAACCGUGAGCUGGAUAUUCUACUAUUCCAUGAAGUGCUGGAAUACAUGUCUCGAGUAGACCGAGUUCUGAGUGUACCAGGAGGCUCUCUCCUACUGGCAGGCCGCAGUGGCGUCGGACGAAGGACUGUCACUUCUCUAGUCAGUCACAUGCAUGGAGCUGUGCUUGUUACACCCAAGAUUUCUAGAGGCUAUGAACUGAAACAAUUCAAAAAUGAUCUAAAACAAAUUAUGCAGAUGGCUGGUAUCGAAGGACAACAAGUGGUAUUCCUGAUGGAGGACUAUCAGUUUGUUCAUCCAACAUUUUUAGAAAUGAUCAACAGCCUUCUUUCGUCAGGAGAGGUUCCUGGUCUGUAUACAGUAGAAGAGUUAGAACCACUUUUGGCUCCACUCAAGGAUCAGGCUUCUGAAGAUGGAUUCACCGGACCUGUGUUUGGCUAUUUUACAUACAGGGUGCUGCAGAAUUUGCAUAUUGUGCUUAUUAUGGAUUGUACCAAUGCAAAUUUCACCAUCAACUGUGAAAGCAACCCCGCGUUGUAUAAGAAAUGCUCUGUACAGUGGAUGGAGGGCUGGUCUGACACCAGCAUGAAGAAGAUCCCUAGAAUGCUGCUAUUGGAUUCAUCUAGCCUAGAGAACGUUCAACAGGACAGUAAGGUCCCGCAAGGCAAUUCAGAAUUUUUUAACUCCUUUUUGAUGAUUCAUGAUUCCUGCAAGGCAUACGGUGCAACUCCAAGUCGAUUCAUGACUUUCUUAAAAGUGUACGGAUCUCUUUUUAGUAGCAAGAAAUCAGAGUUGACCAAGAGACAACAACAUUUACAGGCUGGCGUGUCAAAGCUGAAUGAAGCCAAAUCCCUUGUGGAUGAGCUUAAACGAAAAGCAGGAGAACAAAGUUUAUUACUGAAAAAGAAACAGACUGAAGCAGAUUCAGCUCUACAAGAGAUAACAACAUCUAUGCAGAAUGCUAGCGAUCAAAAAUCCGAAAUGGAAAAAAUUAAACAAAAAAUUGCAGAGGAAUCUCUAAAGAUUGAAGAAAGGAAAAGGAAGAUUGAAGAUGAACUGAAGGAAGUCCAGCCUUUGGUUGAUGAGGCAAAGCAUGCAGUUGGAAAUAUUAAAUCUGAAUCGUUAUCUGAGAUCCGAUCUCUGCGCAUGCCACCAGACGUAAUACGAGACAUUCUUGAAGGUGUACUUCGGCUAAUGGGUAUCUUUGAUACUUCGUGGGUGAGCAUGAAAAGCUUUCUUGCUAAGCGAGGAGUCCGUGAAGAAAUUGUCACCUUUGAUGUUCGAAAUAUCACAAAAGAAAUACGCGCCAGUGUGGAAGAACUACUUGAAAAGAAUAGUGCAUCUUUUGAUCCAAAGAAUGCAAAGAGAGCUAGUGCUGCUGCUGCCCCAUUGGCUUCGUGGGUGAAGGCCAAUGUGCAGUAUUCCCAUGUAUUGGAGAAGAUCCAGCCACUGGAGAAGGAGCAAGCUGGCCUUCAGUCCAAUUUUAGAAGGAUUGAAGAGAAAAAGCAAAGAUUAGAGGAUCAGCUUAACACUGUUGGACAGAGGGUGGCAGAACUAAAAGAAAAGUUUCAGACAAGAACCACAGAAGCUGCUAAACUGGAAGCAGAGUUAUCUAAAGCCCAAGAAAUAAUUCAGUCGGCAGAGUUAUUGAUUCAUCAGCUGGAUGGAGAGCACAAAAGAUGGAACGCACAGGUUGUAGAAAUCACAGAAGAAUUAAACACUUUGCCAAAAAGAGCUCAGUUGGCCGCUGCAUUCAUCACAUAUAUUUCAGCUGCUCCAGAAGAUCAGAGGAAAGACAGUCUGGAUCACUGGAUGAAAUCUGUUGGCCUAGAUUUGUUUGAUUUAAGACGGUUUCUGUCUACUGAGAGUGAGCAAUUAAUUUGGAAAAGUGAAGGGUUACCCUCUGAUGAGCUCUCAAUAGAAAACGCACUUGUCAUUUUGCAGAUCUGUGCUUUGAAGCCAUCGAGCCAGGUCUGCCCAUUUUUGAUAGAUCCAUCCUUACAAGCAACAGAAUGGUUGAAAACACAUUUAAAGGAGUCACGUUUGGAAGUCAUUAAUCAACAGGAUGCAAACUUCAUUACUGUUCUUGAGCUGGCAGUCCGCUUUGGCAAGACACUUAUUAUCCAGGAGAUGGAUGGAGUGGAGCCUGUGCUUUAUCCAUUGCUUAGGAAAGAUCUGAUUGCACAGGGGCCUCGGUAUGUUGUACAAAUUGGGGAUAAAACUAUUGAUUACAAUGAAAACUUUCAACUGUUUCUUGCAACGCGGAACCCCAAUCCUUUCAUUCCACCUGAUGCCACCUCAAUAGUGACAGAGGUUAACUUUACUACCACAAGAGCUGGAUUAAGAGGGCAGCUCUUGGCUUUAACGAUUCAGCAUGAAAAACCAGAUCUGGAGGAACAGAAGACAAAAUUAUUGCAACAGGAAGAAGAUAAGAAGAUUCAAUUGGCAAAGCUUGAAGAAUCCCUCCUGGAGACCCUUGCAACUUCCCAAGGAAAUAUUCUGGACAACAAAGAUCUGAUUGAAUCCUUAAAUCAAACUAAAGCAAGCAGCGCCUUGAUACAGGAGUCGCUCACAGAGUCUCACAGGCUCCAGCUCUCCUUGGAUCAGGAACGGAAUGCAUAUCUUCCUCUAGCAGAAAGUGCCAGCAAGAUGUACUUCAUUAUCUGUGACCUAUCCAAAAUUAAUAACAUGUACCGGUUUAGUUUGGCUGCUUUUCUUAGACUUUUCCAGCGAACCUUGCUUAGCAAACAGGAAUCGGGAAACACCGAAGUACGGAUCAAGUCACUGAUCAGUUCUUUAAAGCAUGUGGUUUAUGAAUAUGUAUGCCGUUCCUUAUUCAAGGCCGACCAGCUAAUGUUUGCCCUCCAUUUUGUCCGGGGUAUGCACCCAGAGAUUUUCCAAGAGAAUGAGUGGGACGCUUUCACUGGUGUUACUAUUGGAGAUGUAUUUAAGAAAGCUGACUCUCAAAAGACACUACGAGAUCAGAUUCCUUCGUGGAUUGAACAAGAAAGAGUUUGGGCGAUUGCGCUAUUGAAGGCCUCUCUCCCAGCUCUUUAUCAGUCUCUCCAUCUGGAAGAUUCAAAUCUUUGGAGUAAAUUUUCACAAAGCUCUUCUUGCGAGCAAGAUUUUCCUGCAUCUAUUGCCAAGACACUUUCUUUAUUCCAGCAGGUUUUAAUUGUGCAAGCAAUUCGCCCAGACAGGCUUCAAAGUGCCAUGGCUCUCUUUGCAUUUAAAAAUCUGGGGCUUAAAGAUUUGUCCCCUCCACCGCUGAAUCUGAAACGACUGAGCAAAGAAACGUUAGCCGGAGAGCCCAUCCUAAUUAUCAUAUCCCCUGGAGCUGACCCAUCCCAGGAGUUACAGGAACUGGCCAGCACUGAGAUCGGUAGAGAAAACUAUCGGGAAGUGGCAAUGGGACAGGGCCAAGCUGACAUAGCCAUACAGACAUUGAGGGAAUGUGCCAAAGAAGGAGAAUGGCUCUGUUUAAAAAAUCUGCACCUUGUCACUUCUUGGCUUCCAGUACUGGAAAAGGAAUUAAAUGCUCUCCAGCCAAAUCCUAAUUUCCGUCUGUGGCUCACUACUGAAGUUCAUCCAAAAUUUACUGCGAUUCUGCUGCAGUCAAGUUUAAAGAUCACUUAUGAGGCACCACCUGGGUUGAAGAAGAAUCUAAUGAGAACAUACGAGUCCUGGACGCCAGAGCAGAUAAGCAAGAAGAACCUUCCUUCUCGAGCAAACGCUUUAUUCAGUCUGGCAUGGUUUCAUGCUGUGUGUCAAGAAAGGAGAAAUUAUAUACCCCAGGGAUGGACAAAAUUUUAUGAGUUUUCCUUGUCGGAUCUACGUGCUGCGUAUGACAUUAUUGAUCGUCUCUUUGAAGGUGGCCGAGAAUUUCAAUGGGAUUUUGUCUAUGGCCUUUUGGAAAAUGCAAUUUAUGGCGGACGGGUGGAUAACUACUUUGAUUUGCGGGUGCUUCGGUCUUACUUGGAACAGUUUUUCAAUUCCCAGGCAGUUGGAUUAUCUCAGUUAAGGGGAGGCAAUACGGCUCCUUUCCCUGCGUCUGUAUCACUGCCAAAUUCCUGCAGCAUCAUGGAAUACCGAAAUGUUAUUGAAAGCCUCCCAGAGGAUGACAAACCUGCUUUCUUUGGUUUACCUGCUAAUAUUGCCCGUUCAUCCCAGCGGAUGAUCAGCACACAGGUUAUUUCACAGCUACGGAUUCUCAGCAGGUCUGUAACGGCUGGCUCCAAAUUCGAUAGAGAAUUAUGGUCUAAUGAAUUAUCCCCUGUCCUUAAUUUAUGGAAGAAGCUGAAUCAGAAUUCCAAUUUGAUUCAUCAGAAAGUUUCUCCGCCUACAGAGCAGCACGGGUCACCCAUCCUGUCAUUCAUCAUUCUGGAACAAUUCAAUGCCAUUCAGCUGCUACAAAGUAUCCAUCAGUCUUUGGCGGCUCUCAGUAAAGUGAUCCGAGGAACCUCAUUGUUGACAUCUGAUGUACAGAGCCUGGCCAGUGCUUUAUUAGAUCAGAAGUGCCCCUUGGCCUGGCAAAGCAAAUGGGAAGGUCCGGAAGAUCCCUUGCAGUAUUUGAGAGGCUUAGUCACCCGGGCAGUGGCAAUUCAGAAUUGGGUGGAAAAAGCAGAAAAGCAGACUUUGCUAUCAGACACCCUGGAUUUAUCGGAACUUUUCCAUCCGGACACUUUUCUUAAUGCUUUACGUCAGGAAACGGCAAGAUCAAUGAACUGUUCAAUGGAUAACCUAAAAUUUCUGGCCUCCUGGAAGGGCAAAAUUCGAGAUGCAAAGCUCCAAGUCAAGAUCACCGGCUUACAACUUGAAGGCUGUAGUUUCGAUGGAAACAGUCUGUUUGAAAACCAGCAUGACUCUCCAAGUGUGUCGGUGGUACCCUCCUGUUAUAUGUCCUGGAUUUCACAGCAAUCGCUCAGUACCUAUUCCCCAGAUGAAUGCAUUUCUUUACCAGUCUACACCAGCGCAGAAAGAGAUCGUGUAGUGACAAAUAUUGAUGUCCCUUGCGGAAGAAUGAAAAACCAGUGGAUUCAGUGUGGGGCUGCAUUAUUUCUAAAAAAUCAAUAACGUGGUACUAGCGUGAAUGUAAAUUCUAUCUCUUUGCUUGUGUUUUGUACAUACACAUAUAGCUUUUGUUGUAAACUGUAAUUUGUGUACUGCUCUUUUGCAUUCUGAGGUCCGUGGAUAAAAUAAACUAUUCUUUAAUGGCAA